GCGAAACAUUUGAUUUUCGAUUGUCACUCUUGCGAUGAUGAAUUGAAAGUUUAACCAGCAGCUAACUAAUCGUCCAGCAGUGAACCACAAAGGAUUGUUGUGCUACAGAAAACCCAAAGAUUUGUCGUGAGUGCGUCAUAAAUCCGCUGUAGGUGACCAAUCGGAAGUCUAUACCCACACCAGAGCAAGUGAAGGGAAUCAUGAGUGGACCGAUAUUUGGCAGUAGCAGUGCCCUUGGGGGCAGCUCGGGUGGGAAUCGUCAUUUGGUGGAGUUUCGAGCCGGUCGAAUGAAUUUGGUGAACAAAAUGGUACACCCGGACAAUCGCAAAGGAUUGGUGUACGUUUAUCAGGCGGAAGACGGACUGAUUCAUUUCUGCUGGAAGGAUCGCACCACUGGCAACGUAGAAGAUGAUUUGAUCGUCUUUCCUGAUGAUUGCGAAUUUAAGAAGAUCGAGAAUGUCAAGAAUGGGCGAGUUUUCCUGCUAAAGUUUAAAAGUUCCAGCCGUCGGUUGUUCUUUUGGAUGCAAGAACCAAAAACGGACAAGGAUGACGAGUGGUGCCGUCGGAUCAACGAGGUCAUCAACAAUCCUCCAUCGGCUAGUAGCCUGGGCGGAGGGUCUGGCCGGGGAGGCAGCAGCAGCGACAACGGGGACUUGCAGUACAUCAUGCAAAACAUGUCACAGCAACAGCUGAUGCAACUCUUUGGCGGUGUUGGACAAAUGGGCGGAUUGAGCAGCUUACUUGGUUCGAUGAGCCGUACAUCAUCCGGAAACUCGAGCAGCCGCACAAGCGCCACGACACCUUCCAGCCGCAGCACACAAUCAUCGAGCAAUGCUAGCAGUGGUGUUACCGUUACCACACCAACUGCUGCCUCCAAUUUGCCCUCAACACCACGCGCUCCCAGGAAGCAUGCGUCCGAUUCGUCCAAGAGCAGUGCACCCGCAGCAGCACCAGCAACCGCGGCAGCGACUCCAAUCAACAGUGGUGCGGCAGGCGAGGGCAGUACUGGCGGAAACCGCGUCCGUUUGUCCGAUCUCCAGAACUACCUUGCUGAGAUGAAUCCCGCUUCUAGCACUUCUGAUGCUAGCCAAAAACGUAAUGUCGAUCUUUCAACCGCCGUCAAUUCGGAUUCGCUAUCAUCCGUCAUUUCGGAUAAGGAUCAGGUGGAAAGUCUAAUCGCACAUCUUCCUCAAAUCGAAGGAGACAAAAAGCAACAGCUGAAAGAAACCCUAUCCUCGCCCCAAUUUCAACAGGCCCUGUCUAUGUUCUCGAAUGCUCUGCAAUCCGGCCAGCUUGGUCCCGUAGUUUCGCAAUUCCAGCUGAACGCCGAGGCAGUAGCGGCCGCGAACAGUGGCGACCUGGAGCAAUUUGUCAAAGCGCUGGAGAACGCCCAAAAGAAGAAUGAAUCCGAAAAGGCUAAGACUGCUUCCCCCUCCGAGGAAAAAACCGAUACCAAGGAAGAAAAUGGUACGUCGACAGGAAAAGCCGACCAAAAAGACGACGAUCCGAUGACCGGAUAGAUUCGUCGCACUAGCAUCAAGGGUUUCAUGCGCAUACAAUUUCUCUUAUAUCUUUCAACUAUUUUAUAUUUUUGCUGAUUCUAAUCAGAGAUGUUUGUUAAAAAUAGUACAUUUAAAAUUGGCAAUAAAUAAUCAGGCGGUGUCAACAAAAACAUCCAAUGCAAGA